AUGAGCGACCGCCGCCACAACAUCCCACAAUAUCUUUACCUACAACAUUCCCAGCCCAUUCAUUCGGACCCUCGCCGGACAAAAGUGCCCUCGCCGGCCCUAUAUUCUCCCGCCUACUCACCCCUACCGCUCCCGCCGCAGCAUCCAUUGCACCAGCAACUACACUACGCCCACGUGCCGCCGCACCUCCUGCUGCAUCCCUUUCUGCAGCUCGCGCGCAUCGACGAAGUGCAUCAAUCCGCCUCGCACACGCCUUUCCCCGCCGUAAUUGUGUCUCCCCACUCGCUGAGCCCGCCUCCUCAGCGGGACUCAGGCCGCACCCUCUCCAAGAAGCCUCCCGUGAAGACGGCACAGGCGCACACAAAUACCACAGAUGGGAAUAAGGAUACACAGCGUAGCGUGCCCACCAGCGCGCCCACGAUGACAUCAAACGGUCUGCCAAACAUGUCGAGCAAACGGGAAGAGGCGGGCACCCAGACGCGCUCCCAGCGCCCGUCCAUCGUCUCACAGCACUCGAAUUCCGUUCCCUCGACGCCCCUGCAGGUCGCCCGCAAGUACACUACGCGCUCACGCUCCCCUUCGCCAAACGGCGGACUGGGCAGCCAUUCGCCACGCUCUGUGUCGUCCGAAGCAAACGGCACCAUGCCCACGCUGAGACCCGCGCGCCCCUUCAAGUGCAGAUUCGAGACCAACGUCGGCAUGCUGGGCCGGAGACGCAUGCCCUACCAAUCAGACGAGAUACUGGAAAAGGCCAAGGAGGAGCCAAAGAAGAGUUUGGAUCCCCACGAAGAUGACAAGUUGAGCGGAGAUAUGCGAGAGCUGUACGACCGGUUAGUGCCGAAGCAGGAGGACGAGAGCAUACGAGGGCGCUUUGUAAAGAAGGUGGAGCGCAUACUUCAGACCGAGUUUCCCGGUACCAAAAUCAUGGUCCAUGUAUUCGGCUCUUCUGGCAACAUGUUGUGGACAUCUGAGAGCGAUGUCGAUAUUUGCAUCCAAACGCCCAUGAAAAGGCUUGAAGAGAUGCACCCGCUAGCUGAGGCUUUGGAUAAACAUGGCAUGGAACGCGUGGUAUGCAUACCAGCAGCCAAGGUCCGGAUAGUAAAAGUCUGGGACCCUGAGCUAAAACUCUCCUGCGACAUCAACGUGAACAACGUCGCCGCAAUCGAGAACACGCGCAUGAUCAAGACCUACAUACAGCUCGACGAUCGUGUUCGACCGCUCUCCAUGAUUAUCAAGCACUGGACAAAGCGGCGUAUCCUGAACGAUGCUGGUAUUGGUGGCACAAUCAGCUCGUAUACAUGGAUAUGUCUGAUCCUCAACUUCCUCCAGACGCGGGAUCCACCGGUCCUUCCUACCCUGCAUGACCUUCCCGAUCGAGCGUUGGACGAGACGACCGGCCAGCCUUCGUUAUCGAGUUUCGCCGACGAUGUAGACAAAUUGAGAGGUUAUGGAGAGAAGAACCAAGAAAGUCUGGGCCAGUUACUCUUCCAUUUCUUCCGUUUCUACGGACACGAGAUAGAUUAUGAGAAAGAAACAAUCUCAGUACGGCAGGGCAAGCGGAUACCGCGAGAAGAGAAGGGGUGGCAUCCCGGCGGUGGCCAAAAGGAGGGGGUUAAUCGCCUUUGUGUAGAGGAGCCUUUCAACACGGAGCGCAAUCUUGGUAAUUCCGCCGACGAUUAUGCAUGGCGCGGUAUACACCUGGAACUCCGCCGUGCUUUCGACCUCCUUGCAGAUGGUCAACAGCUCGACAAGGCAUGCGAGCAAUUUGAGUACCCGCCCGAGGAGAAGUCGAACGCGAUUUUCAAGAAGCCGCAGUCGCAGAAAGCCAUCAUCACCUCAAGUGUACCAAACCGGAAUGGACGAGGGGGUCCGAACUCGCGUGGAGGUAGAGGAGGCUUUAACCUAAAGGGUCAGCAUGGAGGUAGUAGGCGAUCUUCCGGCAGCUCCAACUACGGUCAGGGUCGACCACCCUUCCUACAUAGCCCGCCCAUCCCCGCGAGCGCUGGCCCGGAGUACUUCAGCUUCCCAAGAGGCAUCCACGACCAGCUACACGACCAGCUGUAUCAGCAAUACCAAAUGCUGGAGAUGCAGUCCAACUCUCUACGUGCACAGUUGGCCGCUCAACAACACGCUCAGCAAGCACAUCAAGUACGGGCUGCGCAGAUGCAUGCUCACGCGGUUGCCCAGGCACAAGCGCAAGGCAGAACGUCUAACAGUAUAAACGGGUCGCCGCAAAAGUCACCCUAUAUUAACGAUCGACAAAGCCCUCGUUUGGCCGAGCGUGGGAUACCUCCAAACGCUCUUCCUCAGGGCUUUCUAUACCACUACCCUGGCUUCUUUACUUCGCCCCAGUCCGAUCCCAAUGGCUCACAAGAUGGAUCGCGAACCAACCCCUCUUCUCCAUCUUUGAGUAACAGCAUACCUGGUGUACAUCGAGGAGUGCAUCGCGCAUCCAAUGCAAGCGAGACAAGCUCUCUUCGUUCGCAUUCACAGCCUCCUCGCAGUGCUGGACAGCAGCCUGUCAUUGUGGGAUACCCACCCGUACCCCAGCUCGUUGACCCUGGUCAAUUUGCUGGCUAUCCUAUCGCACGAUCUUCGCAAGAUCCUCCGCGACCACAGAUGACGUCAGAGAUCCCGGUGAAGCCUACGACGUCCCAGCCAGAAUCAAUUCCAUCUUCCGACACCAGCUCCCCAAAGGAGUAUGUCGGCUACUACGUUGCAGAACAACCGCAGGUACGUCCGCUGCAAGAGUACGCUGUUGGAUCGAUUCCAUCCUUUAGCGAACUGGCUCAGCGUCGCCGGCGCGUGUCACCAGAGAUCACGCAGCCUCUUCUGAACACUGCGUUACGACGAGUGACACGAUCACCUUCGCCACUUGGGCAUAUGCGUAGCUAUUCUACUGGCGUGCCUCAACCGAAUGAUGUACCCACCAUUGAGCAGCGGAAGUCACGCAUUGACUCAGUCCGUCCACCUAUCGACAAUGGUCCAGUCAUUGUUAAUGGCUCAUUUCCGAGCCAAUCUCGUCCGAGAAGUGAUAUAGUAGAGACUGUACCACCAGAGAUGCCAUCUCAAGCUCCACUUGGAGUAUACGCCAACGAUCAGGCUAUUUAUCAGAUCCAGCAACUCCAGGCGCGUCAGCAACUGGUUCUUCAGGAGAUGGAGAGACAGAAGGUCGUGCAAAACAUGGGUCCUCCCAUUGUGAAUGGCUCAGUGAACGGUAUCCCGCCAGUAGAGACAAAUGGCUUGACGCGAGUGCCAAGCGAAGGCAAGCAACCGUUUCCCACAUUUGGUGAUGGCUGGGUAAAUUACGAGGCCACGAACGGCCAUCAAAGCGACCGUAGCGAUGACAUCUCACCAACCCGCUCUGUUCCCCAUCAAUGGGGUGCAUCAGCGUAUACUAACGGACUACCUCCCCUAGAAACGUCAAAUGUGCAAAGAGCACAUCCUCAAGAGAUCAAAUCUGCGACGAUACCGCUGCUGUCACCCGUGUUUGAGACGCGCACGCCUUCGCCUACUACCAGCAGAUCUGCUGAUGUCAGCAAGCUUGUCAAUGGUAACAACAGUCAUAAGUCGCAGGCCAAGCCAAACAACCAACAGCAUCGUCGCGCGUCGCUCACGGGUGGAUCGAACGGUAACGCAAAGGAGAAUCGUAAUGGCCAACAGCAGAAGAGCACCAUGAACAACGAAAGGACGAACAAGCCGAGCGCAGCAGGUAAUAGUCCCAAUUCUUGGCAACAGCAGCCUCCUCGUAAGAAGGGGAAGAACAAGAAGUCGAGGGCGCCAGACCAGAAGUCGAUGGGUGAGCCAUUGCCUGUCAAUGCUGCAGAUCGCAAGGGUGGCUAG